CAUUGUGACAGGGGGUAGCCGGAUUGCUAGCGUUCGGAAAUACGUUAGUUUACAAUAAAACGCGAGCACUUCAUUGGAUUACAAUACACUGUUGCGAAAACGUUUUUUCUGGUAUGUGCUGCUAGCUAGAUUAGCGUCUCUCAGUAUUUGUGCUUGCAAAGACCCAUUUGACAGAUGCAAUGCAUUCACUUGCACAGGAAAUUCAAGGAUUUUCGAAAACAAAACUGAAAAAGCAAAGCACUGUGGUGACAAAUGUGCUCGGGCGACGGCACAUAGAAACAAUGGACGACUCCAACGUGCACGAAAAUGAGGACCCAGGGAUGUCAGGCUGUGGAUUUGUUCAAGAUACCAGUUUGGAUCUUCAUGUUGGCAUUAUCAAGCCAUUUCUACUGCUCUCAUCCCAAGACGUAGCGCAAGAUAUAGAAACUUUGAAGAAAUUUAAGGUUUCACAUAUAUUGAAUGUUGCCUAUGGUGUUAAAAAUAACUUCCCAGAUCUAUUCAGUUAUAAAACAGUGACCAUUCUGGAUAUUCCAGAAACAGACAUCACCUCAUAUCUCCAAGAAUGUUCACAGUUCAUAGAUCAAGCCAAAACUGAGAGUGGGGUGGUCCUGGUUCAUUGCAAUGCUGGAGUCUCCCGUGCUGCCUCAGUAUUAAUUGGGUACCUCAUGUACAGAGAAGGUUUGGGGUUUGAUGAAGCAUUUGCCGUUGUGAAGGAAGCAAGACCCUCUAUCCGUCCCAAUCCAGGAUUUCAUGAACAACUGAAGAAUUACAAGCCAUAGACAACUAACACAAUGUAAAUGAAAAACAAGAAAUAUAAAUGCAGUGUCUUAUGUAGGCCGAACAUCCUGAACAUGCAAGACACUAAUAAUACAAUCCAAAUCAUUACAAACCAUAGGCAAAUAUGUUUGUUAUGAAGCCAAUGGAACAGAGGGGUAUACUACAAAGCAGGAUCAAGUUAGCCAGCUAACUUACCUAAAUAUUCUUUCAUAACUUUACAUUUUUUUAGAAAGAUAAGCUUGAAAUAGGAAUGAUCUAGUUGACUCAACAACCCCAAAAAAUGUAAGUUUAGCAUUGUUUAUCAAAGACAGCUGGCUAACUCAUUGAUCCUGCUUUGUAGUAUACCCCUCUGAUGGACAACAUUGAAACAUGUAUUCAGUGUAUUGAUAAGCAAUAAAUUCUUAUUUACAAUGACGACCUACCCCGGCCAAACCAGGACGACGCUGGGCAAAUUGUGCACCGCCCUAUGGGACUCCCAAUCACGGCCCGUUGUGAUACUGAGAUGGGAGUCCCAUAGGGCGGGAGUCCCCCUAUGAAGAAAGCAACCUUUCAUAGUUAACUGUAUCGGAGCGCUGCCUUGCAUCGAAAUUGUCAAUACAGCUACAGCCUACGUUUUCCCUGAGUUCUUAUUAUUUUAUUUAUUUAUUUAUUUAUUAACCUUUAUUUUAACAAGACAUAUUGAGACCUAGGUCACUUUUUCAAACAUGCCCUGUAUAAUACGCAACCAUUUUUAAAAUGUCACUGCGUAACAGUUAAUGAGGAAGUCACUCAAUUGAAAUUCAUUAGGCCCUAAUCUAUGUAUUUCUAAUGACUGGGAAUACAGAGAUGCAUCGGUUGGUCAAAGAUACCUUAAAUAAAUGGGCCUCACAAUGGGUGUCAGGAUCUUG